UGUUUGUUUAAGAAAGAUGUUCGUGUUUGUCUAGUUUAUGAUUAAAAGUAAUUUUUUUUUAAAGUCCCUGACACAAAAGCCUGUCUUUAGAAAAAAAUUAAAAAAUCAACACCCGUUUUCUCAAAUAUUUAGUGUAGCAAUGCAAAUGGAAACUGCUGGAUUUGGGAGUUAGAUUCUAAUCCCGCAAAUCGCAUGACUUCGGUUUCUUCCUCUAAAAAAUGGGGAUAUUAACUGGAGCUUAAUGGGAAAAUUUCUUCAUCUUACUGUGCCUCGGUUCCUUUAUCUGUAAAAAGGGAUAAUAAUUGCAGGGCUUCACUGGGGUGGUGACAGAUAAGAGGGCUGUGUAAAGGAGCGAUAUAGAAAAGUGUACCGGUACCUUGACGGCCAUGAAUCAUGGAACACCUUCAUUAUUUUUAAAGAAUUAAAAAUGCAAGUUCAUCCGCUCAUCCACGUAUCUAGGGGAAAGAAGGAAAAUCCUUCCCCCGAUUUUCUUUCACCUCUUCCGUAAGAAAGAAAACAGAGAGCCCUUGUGGCUUUUAAGACCCCGCUCACAUAUCCCGGCGGAGAUUGCCCAGCUCCCUCCCCCGCCUGGCCCUCCGCUCCCCAAGAUUUGCUAUAGACUGAGACUAAGAUCCAAUUCCUCCGUUUCCUCCCCACUCUAUCAUUGCUACUGCAUUGGGAUGGCUCUUCCGGUGUGCGGGGCGACGUCAUCGUGUUCGCGCGCUGAGAUGGCCCUAGUCGGUGAUUGGCUGGCCCUGGACAGGCAGAGUAAGCGCCUGCGCUCCUUUUUUACUCCGGCUUGUUCCAUGCCGCAGUCCCCUCCGGCUUGCUUUUGCCGGUGCUCUGUUGUCCCUACCCAUGCUUCAGGCCGUGCUUCAGGGGCUCGGGCACUCAGUGCGGCGAGGGCCCCGUCUUCGGAUUCCUGUCCUGGGGAGCCGCGGCUGGUGUGACGGUGGCGGCGAUGGCGAAGGGCAUCCAGGGCCCCCGCGUGCCCAGGACGAUCGAGCCUACUUCACUACUCCCAUCUUUUACGUGAAUGCGGCUCCGCACAUCGGACACCUGUACUCGGUAUUACUCGCCGAUGCGUUGGCCCGCUACCGCCGCCUUCGGGCCGCGCCGCCUCAGGGCCCGGGUCUGGCGGACUCCUUCGUCCGUUUCUCUACUGGAACCGACGAGCACGGGCUGAAAAUUCAGCAGGCGGCCGCCGCGGCGGGGCUUACCCCUUCAGAACUCUGCAACCGGGUGUCCGCCCAGUUCCGGGCGCUCUUCCAGGAGGCGGACGUCUCCUUUACCGAUUUCCUCCGCACCACGGAGACCCGGCAUCAGCGCGCGGUGCACCACUUCUGGGGAGCCCUGCGAUCCCAGGGUCUGCUCUACAAGGGGCUCUACGAGGGCUGGUACUGCGCCUCCGACGAGUGCUUCCUGCCCGAGGCUAAAGUCACCUGGCGCCCGGGUCCCGAUGGGGAAAGCCACCCGGUGGCCCUGGAAAGCGGGCAUCCAGUAUGUUGGAUGAAAGAGGAAAACUAUAUCUUCAGGCUGUCGCAGUUUAGGGAGCCUCUCAGGCAGUGGCUCCAGGACAACCCUCAGGCCAUCACUCCGGAUUCUUUUCGCCUUACUGUUCUCCAGUGGCUGGAGGAAGACCUGCCAGACCUCUCGGUGUCUCGAGGGAAUAGCAGUUUGUAUUGGGGCCUCCCAGUUCCAGGUGACCCAACACAGACCAUCUAUGUGUGGGUUGAUGCUCUUGUUAACUACCUCACGGUUAUAGGUUACCCUGCCGUGGAACAGAAGGUGUGGUGGCCUACCACCCACCACAUCAUAGGCAAAGACAUCCUUAAGUUUCAUGCCAUCUAUUGGCCUGCUUUGCUCCUGGGGGCUGGAAUGACCCCUCCUCAUCGCAUAUAUGUGCACUCCCACUGGACAGUACACGGCCAGAAGAUGUCUAAGAGCGUGGGUAAUGUGGUUGAUCCUUUGACUUGUCUUAAUAGGUUUACAGUAGAUGGCUUCCGUUACUUCCUCUUAAGGCAAGGUGUUCCUAACUGGGACUGUGACUACUAUGAAAAGAAAGUAGUCAAGUUACUUGACGCUGAGCUGGCAGAUGCACUGGGGGGGCUCCUGAAUCGAUGUACUGCCACUAGCCUGAAUCCUACUGGGAUCUUCCCAGUAUUUUGCAAUUCCUGUUUCCCUUCCAUGGAGGGUGUAACAGUAGCUCUCCCAAAGGCCCAACCAGAAGACUAUGCCUUGGUGAGGUCAAUGUCAGCUUUGCCUCUACAGGUGGAGAACUACUAUGAGAAUUUUCAAAUCUACAAGGCCUUGGAAGCAGUGUCCAGUUGUGUUCGUCAGACUAAUAGCUUUGUCCAGAGGAAUGCACCUUGGAAGCUUAACAGAGAGAAUUUGGCAGAUCUUAAAUGGCUGGACACAGUACUGCAUGUAACACUAGAGUGCCUUCGGGUCUUUGGAUUAUUGCUUCAGCCAGUUACCCCAGCACUAGCUGACAGGCUUCUUUCCAGACUAGGUAUCUCUGAAACUGAGAGGGGCCUUCAGGACUUAAGUUUCCUUCCUCGAUACUAUGGGCAAUCUUGUCCCUUUGAAGGGAGAAGACUGGGACCUGACACUGGACUCUUAUUUCCAAGACUGGACAAAUCUAGGGCACGUUUGGCAAAAGUUCAAAGUACUUAGGUGUUUUUAAAAGUUUUGUUUUAAGUCAGGCAAACAUCUUUGGUAUGUUCCAGAAAGCUGGAUGGAAAGUUUCUCAAAUGACUUCUUCAAGAGGAUGGAGAUAAGGGGGUAUAAUGUGAACCCAGUACCUGGGAGAAAAGAUUUAUGAUUAUUGGGGUACACAGUGCCUAUACUCUUUAACCUCUUCACCCCAUUAACCAUUUUACUUAGUACUGGCAAUUUGAGUAUAGGGUAGGGAAGAGAGAGAAGAUAAAAGCAGAGCUGCUGGUACUUCCCGUCUUCCCUUUUCCCUUCCUUCUAAUUGUGCUACCUUGCCCACUACCAACUUUUCUGGACAAAUAAGUCGAAAUUAUCAGGUAAUUAUUUGCUUAGGCUACCUCACUCAUUUUCCAUAACCUAGGACUUUUGUUCCUGUCAGACAAAAUAACUAAGCUAUUCUAAACUGUGGUAACCAUUUUUUGGUGAUAAGAUCCAAAUUUAUAUAGUCCCUUGAAUAAAUUUACCUUCAAAUGGUUAGUUUGUAGGUUUCUUAACUAAAGUACAUAGAAUACCCAAAUCCCAUUGGAAAGGAUUAUGAAGGGUGGCUGAAUAUUUGAACUGUCAGACUCCCUCCCUGACUGAAAUACCAGUGGCACCCAUUUCUCUAGAGCCUUUUAGUAGGACUCAUACCACUUCGCUGAUUAGUGCACUUGAAGUACUGAUUAAAUAGUAUAAUAGGUAGUGUUGAACUUGGAAUCAGAAAGACUUAAUUUGCAAAUCUUGUGUAUCCCUUGUCCUCAAAUAUUUUUUUCUCACUGAGAAGUAUAAAGGUUUCUAUCAGUUUGAAGAUGGUUUCUCAUUAGGACCUGAGAGGUACUAAUUGAUUGAGCGGGUGCAUUUGUGUGACUUUCAGCAAGUCACUUGUCUCUCAGGUCUCAAUUUGAUGGCCUCCAAGAUUCUUUUCAGCUCUAAAGUUGAAUUGGUCCUAUAAUUUUAUGAUUCCUGUGGUGGUUCUAUGGUUUGCUUAUUAACCUGUCUGGGACCUUAACCAGUGACGACUAGAUGUUUUAUUUUAGGCAACUGGUUGAGUGAAACCUUUAUUGAAAUUUAUUUAUUUUUAAAUUUAGGUUAACUAUUGAAGUUACCUAAUUAAUUUUGUUGAUAUAACUGCUUAAAUAUACUGUUGUAAUAUUGUGCUAAUCUGAGCUCUCAUUGUCUUUGCAGUCAAAUGAUAUUAUAAUCCAUCUCUGAAAUAAAACAGGCUUGCCCUAGAGAAUACCUGGUACAUGGGAUCAGAAUCCUGAGGUGCUUAAGGAGAGAUGUUGAGAUACUGUUUAGGAAAUUUGAGGAAAACUUUGUGUUAACAGGUCUCUUAAGAUAUGUUAGUGGAUUAUAAAGUGUUGAACAUGAAAUCACUUGAGUUUGAAUCCUUGCUCUGUCAUUUUUAAUAUGUUUGUGACCUUUUACAAUCUCCCAAGUAUCAGUUCCUUCAUGGAAAAUAUGGCUAUGUUAGAAAGGGCUUGGAUGGGUCAGGGAAUGCUGUAUUGGUGCUCAUUGGAUGUAGUUGCAAAUUUCAAGACUUUUAAAUUUAUCAGUGAUGGGUAUUUAUCCCAGUUCCAUUUCAAACUAAAUAAGCAUUUAUUAAGUGACUACUAUUUGCAAAGCACUGGAGCUACAAAGAGAAGGGGGGAAGGGAGGCAGGUUCUGUGAUUUUACUGGUAUUGGGAAUUUAACAGAUGAGGAAACUCCCUCUGCCAGUGCAGGUCAGCACUUUUAAGAUAUCCAGGCUUGGAUGCCUGGGGCACAAAGAUGUUCAGUUAAUUGCCUGGGGAAAUAUAGCCAGUGUGGGUCAGGGCAGGACUUGAACUUAUGUCUUCCUAGCUCCAAAGACAGUUUUCUGAUUGCACUACUAUCCUGCUUCAGGAGGCUACAAAGAAAGAAACAAAGUGGUCCCUGCCUGUAAGUAGUCUGGCAUCCUAACAGUUUCUAGAACAGUGAUGUUGAUAGAAACAGAUUUCUGCAAGGAAUGUAGAAAUCAGAAAUGCAGAAUAGACAUCACAAAUUAGCAUUAUGUAUAUUGUACUAAUGUAUAUUUUGUUAAACAUUUCCAAUUCUACUUUAAUCUGGUUCAUGCUAUAAUAUUUUUGGAAAUUUUGUUGGCUGGAAUUUGAUACCUCUGCUGUACAAAGCAUGUAGUAUGGUGGAACAAGACAUUGGUUAGACCUAGGAGACCUGUGUUAGUGCCAGUACUGGUUUUAAAAAAUCUCAUCUAAUAGGCCCAAACUAUGUCCUCUCCCUCCUCUCCCUUAAUAAUGAAAAAAUAAUUUGAUCUUGCUGGGCCUCAGUUUUUAUAUCUGUAAAAAGAGAGUCUGGAAUACAAAAUCUUUUCGGUCUCUUCACGCUUUAAAUUUCCUAGCAAUUAGAUUUUGCUUUUACCAUAACAAGAGCAUAUUAUAAAGGAAAAUACAACAAAAAUUGUAUCUGAAUAUUUUUAGACCCAUUGCCCAAGUAAUUUGGGCUCUUGUGAUUUCUUUUGAAACCUUGGCCGCUUAACAAGUAGGGCGGAGUAUACACAUCCAUGUGGCUGUCUUGUGACUGAAAAACCACUGUGAUUUGAUAAACCCAUUAAAAAACUUUAGCUGCAUGUAGUUACUGGAAUUCAGAAGGAAAAACACUAAUGGAAAUUUAAAAGAAUCAAGAUUUGAAUCCUGGCAUGGAUAAAUAACACGAAAGUUUACAUAAAUUAGACCUAGCAAACUGCCCCAAAUUCAAUCUUCUCUCAUCUUAUUUCCUAAUGGAAAGGUAUUUCUAAUUGUGCUCUUCCUGUCUUAUUUCCUCCCACUCUUUUUUACCCUCUCCCCCACUGAUUGCAGGAAGAGCUACCCAUGUGAAGGUGGUAUGCCAUUAAAAUGUACAAAACUGGGAGCUGAGGAAUUCUUUAAGAGGUACUUAUGAGCAAGUACAAUGCUCAUUUCCGCUCAAAAUGUUCUAUGAACACUGUUUCACUUCUCUGGGCUUCAAUUUACUUAUUUGUAAAAUGAGGGGAGUUUGGAUUAGAUCAAAGCUUCUUAAUAUGGGGGUUGAAGAAAAUUUGGCAACAAUAAAAGGUUUCUGAACACAAUGACCAAAAA